GCCCAAGAUGAGGUCUGCCAGCCCUAUGCAUUAUGCGCUAUGCCGCCAGCCAUUGCAUUUGGCCCGUCACGGCAACUCAGCCCAAUGGACAUUGUGGAGCUGACCAAAGCCAAAGUGGAGCAGCACUGGUGGGAGAGCUGCUAUUUGGGGACACUGAUAGGAUAAUAAACAUGUAUUGAAUGUCCAGAGAUCACCCUGGGCAGAAGGAACAGGUCUGUUGGAAGAGGAAUAGUGCUGAGCUGAAACAUGGUGAUAAAGAAGCAACAGAAAAAACAGUGUCACUCAGCAAACUUCCUCGGCUAGAUAAGAACAGGAUAAAGUGGGUGCAGUUUCCUUGCCUGGCAAGAGAAGACAGCAGCCACAAUGAGGGUGCAGUUUAUCAUCCCCCUUGUAGGGUUUUGCUGGCUCAUCUGCUUCAAGGAGACUCAUUUCUCCAGCGCCGACGAUGCGUGUGAAAAGUCAACAGUUUGUCCUACUUUUUCAACCUGCAAAGUCAUCUCCGGGAACUAUCGCUGCACCUGCAAAUGGGGGUCUAAGGCUAGCACUGGGGAGCAGUAUUUCACUGAUAAAAGCGUGACAUGCCAGGAUAUCGAUGAAUGUGCCCAGGACCCCACACACUGUGGCCCAAACGCUUCCUGCCAGAACACUGACAAAAGUUUUGUCUGUACAUGUGUAAAUGGCUACAGCUCUGCCAGACGAGCCUCAGGGAAGCGCGGCAUCGCCCCGUUGGACUGCUCAGAUAUUGACGAAUGUGCCCGAGACCCAUCGCUAUGCGGCCCCGACUCCAUCUGCACCAACACACCGGGCAGUUACACCUGCAGCUGCCGGGAAGGCUACCUCUCGCCUAGCCAGCCUGGCGCCCCCUUCAGCUGCACAG